AUGACCUUCCCGUCCAAGUACAGCUUCAUCAAGCCGAAAGCGUUACUGUUGCUGCCCACACCGGUGAAGAAGCAACCAACUGCCAGAUAUCCGUACGUGGCGGUUGGUGGCAUUGUGGUUCUGCUGCUGGUCAUCAUAUGGCUUGCGGGUUUUCACGCCGGCCACGAAACGACCGUUGAGCGUUUGUCGCUCGAUUUGGGCGACAUACCACAGGUGGUGCUGGACAAGGAAGCGGAAUUGGCACGUGCCCGCAACCGGAACUGCUCCUACUGGGACUGCUUCAAUGUGUACCGGUGUGGACAGCGGGCGGCAUCCACGCUCGACGAGGACGAUGCGGACGGCGAACGGAUAUCGAUCUACGUGUAUCCGUUGAAGGAGUACCUGGACGCGGACAGUAGACGGCCAGCUGGGCAGCUAACGCGCGAAUUCUAUCGCAUCGUGCAGACGAUCGUUAACAGUCCGUACUAUACGGCCAACCCAAACGAAGCGUGCCUGUUUGUGCCGACGCUGGACACACUGAACCAGAACCGGAUCGAUACGACACUGGUCGGGAAGGCACUGGCCUCACUGCCACACUGGGAAAACGGCGAAAACCAUCUGAUAUUCAACUUCCUUGCCGGUACAAAGCCCGACUACAGCACGGUGCUGGAUGUAAACACAGACCGUGCCAUUAUCGUGGGUGCCGGAUUCGAUAGCUGGACGUUCCGUACCGAGUUUGACGUGUCCGUGCCGGUGUACAGUGCUGCGCUCGAGCAUUACCGGUGGCCGGUACCGUCACCUGACCGUUCCGUACUGCUGGUUGCCGCCCAGCUGAAUCUCUUUCCACGCCAAUUCCGCAUCCUGCAGGAGCUAACGUACGACUAUCCGAACGAUAUGUUGCUGCUGCAACGUUGCCCGUCCGCCACGGCAAAGGUGGACGAGAUGCUGGUGGACAUAACCGGACCAACCGGUGACGAACCGUCCCAUCCGCCGGCCGGCAACAUCCAGGACAUCCGGUGUAACUUCCCGCACGGUAACGAACACGAGUAUCCGUCCGUGCUGACAACCGGUACGUUCUGUCUGGUGGCACGUGGCGUACGGCUCGGUCAACCGAUACUGCUCGAAGCGAUGGCAGCCGGGUGCAUACCGGUUGUGAUGGCGGAUAAUUAUGUGUUGCCGUUUGCCGAUCUGCUCGAUUGGGAGCUGCUCGCGAUACGGUUGCACGAAACCAACCUGCACACGAUCGUACCGCUACUGCGGGCCAUUUCGCCCGAACGAAUAGCCGAAAUGCAAACGCAGAUACGGUCGGUGUAUCAACGCUACUUUGCAACGCUCGAACGGAUCGUGCUGACCGUGCUGGAGCAACUGAACGAUCGGAUCUUCCCGCACCGUAGCCACACGUACCUGCACUGGAACGUUGGACCGGAGGCACGUGUCACACAGAAUCCACUGUUCCUGCCGCUGAUUGCACCGAAAGCGCAAGGUUUUACCGCCGUCAUACUGACGUACGAUCGGCUCGAAAGUCUUUACAUACUCAUCCAAAAACUCGCCACCGUACCUUCCCUCCAAAAGAUGCUGGUCGUGUGGAACAAUCAGCGAAAAGCGCCGCCUCAUCCGUCACUGUUUCCCAAAAUCGGUAAACCGUUCAAGAUCAUCCAAACGGCGGCGAAUCGACUGUCGAACCGUUUUUACCCCUACGAGGAGAUUGAAACCGAAGCAAUCCUAACGAUCGACGAUGAUAUCGUGAUGCUAACGGCGGAUGAGCUUGACUUUGGAUAUGAGGUGUGGCGCGAAUAUCCGGACCGUAUCGUUGGUUUUCCGAGCCGUACGCACGUGUGGGACAACAGUACCGGCCGUUGGCGGUACGAGUCCGAGUGGACGAAUCAAAUCUCGAUGGUACUGACCGGGGCCGCCUUCCAUCACAAGUACUGGAGCUAUCUGUACACGCACGCGAUGCCGGGCAACAUCAAGGAAUGGGUCGACGAGCACAUGAACUGUGAGGACAUUGCGAUGAACUUUCUCGUUAGCAACAUUACGAACAAACCGCCAAUUAAGGUGGCACCGCGCAAAAAGUUCAAAUGUCCCGAGUGUACGAACAACGAGAUGCUGUCGGCCGACCUGAACCACAUGACCGAACGGUCCGCGUGCAUUAAUAGGUUUGCGGAGAUUUACGGCACGAUGCCACUACGGACGGUUGAGUUUCGUGCCGAUCCGGUACUGUUUAAGGAUAAUUUCCCGGAGAAGUUGAAGCGCUUCAACGACAUUGGCAGUCUGUAAGAG